CUAUCUCUUUCUUUCCUGAUGGAUAUAAGUACAAGAAGACCCCCUGUAAGAAUGUGACCAUAUUGGGGGAAAAAAUAGAAGCCUCCGCCGACAUGCAGCAUCUUCUCGUGAUCGUCCUCUUUGCGUCCUGCUGGACCUUCUGCACAGGAGCCGGAGACUGGUGUUAUCAGUCCCAGUUCACCUGCGAGCAUCAGUGCAACACUCCAGACAAGUGGAACCAUGCAAAUGGCGCCUGUGCUGGAAAACAACAAUCACCCAUCAACAUUGUCACCAGGAAGACUUUGAAAGACGAGCGUUUGACUCCUCUUCAGUUCACCAACUACCAGCAGAUGUUCAGAGGCACCAUCAAGAAUAACGGCCACUCGGUUCAGGUUGGAGUUCCUCACCUGAGCACCAUCUCAGGUGGAGGUCUGACGACCACCUACAAGGCGGUCCAGUUCCACCUGCACUGGGGAAACAAUGGAGAGGCGGGCUCCGAACACACCAUUGAUGGCGAGCAGUAUCCCAUGGAGCUGCACAUCGUGCACAUGAAGCAUCAUUACACCGAUCUGACGACAGCACUGGCGGAUCCAGAGGGAGUUGCAGUCCUGGGCUUUUUCUAUGUGGUUUCCAAUACUGCCAACCGAAAGUAUGACCCCAUUAUCAGUGCUCUGAGAAGCAUCAAAACAACAAACGGCAACACAUCGCUGCCUCCCGCCUCCUUGGCACAGCUCAUUCCACCUGAACAGAACCUGACCACCUUUUAUCGCUACAAGGGCUCCCUGACCACACCAGGCUGCACCGAGGCCGUGAUCUGGACAUUGUUCGAGAACCCCAUCCCUAUGAGUUUUGAUCAGCUGCGGGCAUUUUCCGAGCUUAAGUUCCAUGACGGCAAGCCCAUGGUGGGGACCUUCCGGCCGGUGCAGCCCCUGAACGGCCGCCCGGUGUUCCGAUCAGGCGGCGUGGCGGUUCUGUUCAGCUCCGCCCUCCUCGUGGCUGCCCUGGCUACGGCCCUGGGACUGUCCCAGGCUAACUAGAUGCGAGUCUCCUGUGCUGCACCGCCACACCCGUGAACACACGAUCAUCAUUCCCAAGUUUGUCACACCAUCACCCCAUGGAUUACAAAAUUCAGGCAUGGCCCACCAAACCCCACUUCCCUUAUGACACACAUGACAAAGGCGUUCAAAGAACGUCUUCGAGGUGCUGUAAGGGUUUUGCCGGCAUGCAUGCAUGCAGAGUGAAUCUGUAGAUCAUACAUCCGCCUUAUGAAUGUGCCAUGAAGCAGUGACCACUGCAUUCAGACCCCAGCCUCCUCCUGAUGUUCCGCCGCAUCAUCAUAAACGCCGACACGCUCACACAAACACGUCCUUGUGCACUUUGGAGCUCACUCAUCCACCUUGAACAAUGUCAGUCAAAUUUAGUCGCCGCGAAUAUCAGUGCUCCGGUCUCAUGACGAGGGGCACGUGAGGCCUCAUUCUCCUUCCGUGGCACAAGAGCCCAGCAUGGCGCUAUUAAUAGCACAACUGAAAACAAGUCAGCGGUCAUAGAAGUCAGCACUUUUUCACCUCAAAGUCCAGGAGCUCAGAGCCAACAGGUCAGCAAAGGAAAUGGGAGCAAACGACGACAAAUUCAAAUCCCACCCCUUUUUUAUUUCCAUGCGUUGCAAAGUAUUAAAAGUUGCAUGAGUCAGCACUUCUUCAUGACAUUGUUGGAGAAAGACACGUUCACACUGCGCACAACUCACAAGGUCGGAUGCACUGAAUGUUAUUGACUGUGAAAUACGUCCUACUGACUUCCCUCUCAUCAUCCAGGAGGGCCUCUUAUAUUCUCUUAAGAGAUAGGUGCAGUCUUUCGGCCAUAUUUGCUGUGCUAACCAACAAAUGUGUAUAUUUUUCAAUCGUUUCAUGAUACAUUAACUUAUAUUUCUAUGCUGUUUUAAUGCACAUACUGUAUGUAUUUAUGCACUGAAUGUGUAUAUGGAUAGGAGACGUACACGCUAUUAGUAUUAUUUAUGUGUUGUAAACAUAUAUAUAUACACAUACAUAUAUAUGUAUAUUUAUGUAUGAAGAAUCACUUUGUUAAACAUGAGUUGUAUGACAACGGUGGCUUGUAACUCUUAAACAUGUCAAAGAUAAUAUGAAGAAUGUUGAACAAUAAACUACAAAAAUGCCUUUCUAA